AUGAUCUGCAAAGCGCACUCCUCAGCACAAUCCAGUCAAUCGGUCAAUCAGACAAUCCGUCAAUCAAGCACUCGGUCAGCCAAUCAGUCAGUAAUUCAACUGGACAACCAGUGUGGCAGUGAGCAUGUAAGUGGAUCAGGUAGUCGGUCGACAUCCAAUGCGAAGACGAUGCGUCUUCACGAUGUACGUGGAAGGAGUCAAAAGGACGAAAAUGAUGACGAUGGAGAGGAAAGAAGGCAAAGAAGGCCAACACCGGAGUGUGAGUAUUCAAUGCUUACCGGUGCCUGUUUAUGUGCAUGUCGCAUCCAGUCGAACGGUGGGCCCCACCACGUUUCCUCACCACUUAUUCCUAUGCCUCACUCGACUUUACGCCCCACUCCAUUCACCAUCACAUCUCACCUCACCUCACUUCACUCCACCACUUCACCCUACUUCACCUCCUCAACUCUUACCAACUUCCUCACCUUCCAGAAGAGAGCAUCUUUCCCACUCCCACUGCGAUACAUUCAUCCUCCGAUUGUCCUCGCAUCAACAAUGCACGAUGAUCCCUCCAUAAUAAUGCACCACCACAUUCAAGUGACUCACUUCAACAUUGCUGCACAUCGCCCUGUUCCACCACUGACAGAACCCACUCCACUACCAUGGAAUCCACUUCAGUUCACGUGUGGCGAGGACCAAGCUGCAUUCCAAUCAGACUCUAGUCUAACCCAAUUGGCAAGGUGGGCAAGUCGCGAUCACUCCACCUCCCUCCAUCCGGCCUUGCAUGACAUGCAAUGGUGGGCUCCGAUUAACCAGACAACAGUACCGACCACAGACAAAGCCACCGUGCCAAUGCACUACUGA